GGGAUGUGGGGAGGGCAGAGGGAGGAGAGAAAUGGGUUUGACCAUGGGACUGAACCUGCUGCUUCUAGUGGCCAUGGUGGCCACAAACAUCCUCUCCCUUUACCAUCUGUCUUCUACUAUUCAAUCCAAGCCUACGCCGCCUCCCGCACCUGUUCCCGACCACCUCCGCCACCAGCUCAACACCAUACGCGCCACCCUCACCCACCUUACUCGCCUCCGCUCCACCUCCUCCUCCUCCGCCUCCUCCGCCACCCCCUCUGAUCUCCUCCUCUACACCCACCUCUCCCCCAUGGCCUCCUCCUGCCGCGACCAUCCCGACCUCCUGCACAACUACAUGACCUACACUCCCUUUUCUCUUUGCCCUGACGAUUCCCAACUCGCCGAAUCUCUCAUCCUCCGCGGCUGCCACCCCCUCCCCCGCCGCCGCUGCUUUGCCCGAACUCCCUCCAAGCUCCCCUCCUCGCUUCCCGCCGAUCCGUUCUCUCCCCUUCCUGACUCCGCCGUGCUCUGGACCAAGUACUCCUGCAAGAGCUUCUCCUGCUUCGACGGUGGCCUAGGAUUCAACAUGAAGCUCGAAGCUUCGAGAUUCACGAGCUCAGGGUCGAAUCUGGAUCUCACGAUUCCGCAAUUGCUGCAGAUUGCGAAGGAUGCUUCCUCAGUGAUUCGCAUUGGGCUGGACAUCGGCGGCGGAACUGGGACAUUCGCCGCCAAAAUGAAGCCCUACAAUGUGACCGUUGUGUCGACGACGAUGAGCCAGGGAGCGCCGUACAAUGAGGCGACGGCGUUGAGGGGGCUGGUACCACUGCACGCUCCGCUGCAGCAGCGGUUGCCGGUGUUCGACGGAGUAGUGGAUCUAGUGCGGUGCGGGCGCGCCGUGAACCGUUGGAUACCGACUGUGGCGAUGGAGUUCUUUUUCUAUGAUGUGGAUCGGGUGUUGAGGGGCGGCGGAUACUUGUGGUUGGACCAUUUUUUCAGCAAAGGAGCGGAUCUUCAAAAACUUUAUGCGCCCGUGAUUGGGAAAUUGGGGUACAAGAAGGUGAAGUGGACAAUGGCGAAUAAGACUGAUUCCAGCGGGGUGAAGAAUGGGGAGGUUUAUUUGACUGCUCUAUUGCAGAAGCCUGUAUCUAGAUGAGGUUCGACUUUGAGGCACUGCUGUCCGAUGUGAAGGGUUUGGCUGGUGGGAAACUCCAAAACUAGUUUCCAUGCACUUGUAGGAGAUGAAAUCCCCCUCCUGUUCAGUAGAGAAGCAAUAUGUAUGUCUCUGCUAAAAAGGAUUGUGACAAUGUAAAGGAUUGUAGAAUGAAGAAAUGAUAAGGGAAUGAAGAGUAGAGUGUGGAACCGUGUUGGGAAAAAGCAUGUUCAAGUUAGGUGGUCUUUAUUGGCCUAUUAGCUUAGAUUUACUCUAUUCAAGUUUAUUAAUUGUUUUGAAAUAAUGUAUGAAUUAUUGCUUCUUUAUAUGGUGGGACGGGAUUAUAAAAGGGAAAAAUAAUGAUAGUGGUUUAUUGGAUUCAGUGGAA